UGACAUAAACUACGCCAAGUCUAAGUUGGCUCCGUGUCCGCGUCUUUCCAAUGUUUCAAUUUUGAGUUCGUUUGUGCUUUUGUUUUAUUUUAUAUUUUCUAUACCGACAAGUUUUUCCCUCUUGUGGAAAAAUGCUAUACAUUUGGUUAACUCUGUUGUCUCUCAUACUGCUGUGGAACACAACAACAGCUGAUUUGGGUUCCAACCAUGAAACAUGCUGUGCUCUGACCCGGUUGGACAUCGAGACUCGCUUGUCCACGAAGUCACCAUAUCGCUCCAUAGCCAAUUACAAUGAUACCCAACCACAUUAUCCAGGUUGCGUACCUACGCGUAUCUGGGCGACUAUACGCCAUGGUACUCGGAUGCCGAGCAAAUCUGUGAUAGCCCGCGCCCAAGAACGUUUGACAGUCAUACAGGAUAUGCUGCUGCAGCAAGCGAAACCAAAGUUGUGUGCCAAGGAGCUGGAACAAUUGCGGAAGUGGAGCUGGCAGCAUUUUAAUCCGGAAGAUGAUGAGAAACUUUUGAUGGCGGAGGGAGAAAAUGAGUUAAUCGAGCUAGCAGAGCGUAUGCAACUGCGAUUCCCUUCACUGCUGCCUGACCCCUAUGACCCGGACUGGUAUUAUAUGAAAUACACGGCAACACAGCGAACGUUGAAAAGCGCACAGAGCUUUGCCACGGGGUUGUUUGGACGACAUCGGAUACACACGGUCAACUAUCCACGACCUUUGCAUAGAGAUCCCAUACUAAGAUUUUAUAAACUCUGCGGCCGUUGGAAAAUUGAUGUUAAAAAGAAUCCUGAAACAUUGGUUAAUGCACGUAGAUUCUAUGCAGAGCCACAAAUGCAAUCAGCAGUGGAUUAUGUGCGGAGCAGGACGCAGCUGGAGGACUUGCAGCCGGAGGACGUUGAACUCAUGUAUACGGUAUGUGCCUUUGAGACAGCAUGGCAACGACCACUUGGACAUUUCCGGCCAUCGGUGUGGUGUAGUUUCUUCGACGUGGAAGCACUGAACGCACUGGAAUUUGUCGAAGAUUUGGAAUAUUAUUGGAACGAUGGCUAUGGCUAUAAGUUGUCACAUCGCAUUGCCUGUCCGGCAAUAGCGGAUAUGUUUGAGGCCAUUGAUACACCGACGGCUAAAGCCAAUGCCACCUUCUAUUUCACACAUUCGGGCACACUGCUUAAGCUGCUGGCCCACCUCGGCUUGGCUAAGGAUGAGGAGAUGCUGACGCACAAGCAUUUUGAUUAUGCGCGUCAAUGGCGCACAAGUCGAAUUGAUGCUUUUGCAACAAACUUGGCCUUUCUGCGCUUUGAUUGUGAGAAGGGACCCCAUGUCCUGGUGCUGCAUCAGGAGCAGGUUGUACAUCUGCCUGGCUGUCCGCAGGAUAAUGAUCUCUGUCCCCUUGCAACGUUGCGUCUCCUAUUUAGGGAGAGCAUAGAGAACUGUGACUUUGACACUCUCUGUCAAAUCAAUGGAAACGCCAAUUGAAGGAGAUGAUCCUCCUGUCGUCUGUCGCUGUCUCCGCUGUUGUUGCUGCAGCUGCUGCUGCUUCGCUUUUGUUAUUCACUGCUGAAUACAAUACUACUGCAAAAGAAGUCUAUGUGUGAAACUUAACAUUUGGCCAGGGAUUCGUGGAAAUGUGUUGGAUAUAUUAUUAUUAUUUUUUUUUUAUUAUUAUUGUUCUUUUUUUUGUUGUUUUAUAUAUCUUAAAUUGAAGUGAAAAGUUAAAAUGCUGACUAGAAAAUAAGCUAUUGAAGAGUAGGGAGAAGCGAGAGAAGAGAACAAAACGAAAAAGAGAGGAGAUAUGUGCCGCCCCCCGAAAAAUGAGAAAUCGGGUAAUUUAUGUGUAAUUGAGAGUUAAAUAUCGUUUGUAAGCGUUAACAAAAAAAAAAACAUGUGGACCAUCCAACAGAACUAAGGGCGGGUUUAAAUCAAAGAGACAAAUACCAAGAACGAACAAGAAAGAGACAGACAGACAAACAGAACGAAAGAGAACGAACGAACGUUUUUAAAGUUAUUUUUUGUCUAUUAUCCUAUAUAUAUACUUGUACCAUGUACUUCUAGCCUUAUACGAUAUUCUAUUAAUCAAUCUAUUGAGCUGCUGCUAUAUUCUAUCUAUUUUUUUUUUUUCUAAAUUAUUCGUUUAAUUUAAGAUCGAAAGUUUUCUUUUACACCAUGCGCACUUAAAGUGAACAUUUAAGUCAUCGAUAUUUAUGUAACAAGCAUUUCCGAUCUCACAAAGUAUACAAAUUUAACCUAUUCGAUAUAGCCAUAUUUGUCCAUCCGUAUAUUUACGAAGACUCUAAUAAUAAGUUCGUUAAAUUGUUAUGGCCACUUUCAUGUACUACAUGCAUUGUAUAUCUGGGACUUAGAUCGGCCUAAAGAGUGAUUUUCUGUUCAAUAGAUUCGUUCAAGCAGUCCUCAUAAUAAUUAAUAUUUUGUCUGAAGUCAUUACCCAGAUAUCUCAUACAAGAGAUAGAUGACUCUUUGAAAAAUUGAAUGUGUCUAAAACUCUGCAAAUAAUCUCAAAACCCAUAGGUAGAGAAAGAUUAAUACAAAAACUUGUAAGAAUUCAUGAAGUUGAUCCGGCCAUUGGUCCAUAUUACCAAUUGUUCUAUGACUCAAGGGCAAAAUUGGCUAAGAGUGAGCGAAAUUGCCUUUGUUUAUUGUAUGGCGUGUGAUUUUGUAAUAUUUGUUUUACUUAGUGCAUGGUAUAACAAAGUCGGCAUAACGACUUAAAAUUUUCUUUUGUAUUUGUUUUACGGGCAAACGAGCAUACAUCUCCCUUUUGUGUACAUAUUAUACAUACAACUAUCUAUAUCUAUCUAUAUAUAUAUAUAUUCUUCUAACUACAUUAAACACUUUUCGCCAUUCGAAACUUGUGUAAAAAAUAUAUAGUUGCAAUUUCAAAACGAUAAACUAAACAAAUUCCCGAUAACUAACAAGAAAAACAAAAUGGUAAACCUAUGUUGUGCUAACUUGUGUUAUAAUAUUUAAAGAAACAAACGAAAAACGAAAAAAAAAACAAAAACUAAGAAAGAUACAUAUACACCAUUAUCCUCCAUAUCUAUCUAUCUAUCUAUGUAUAUAUAUAUAUGAUAUAGAAAAAAUACCCUUUGCAAAUCCCAAAAACAUGAUUUAUGAUUCUUUUUUAUAUGCCUGCUGUGUGUAAAGCAUAUAUAUUCCUGAUCCAUAGCUCAACCAUCACAGCCGUCCCUUUGUUUCGCUCUAUUUCUCUUCGAUGGAGCUAAUUUUUGGUAAUUGCCAAAUUUCAUUUCAUUUCAUUUUGAAUUUCCUUUUUUAUCAGCGGUGUUUUCUAGUAUAGUGAUAGAGAAAUAUUGAAGCAUAUAUCUGCAUAAUUAGAAAAAUGACCCCCCUUCCCCCAAUUUUUGAGUUAGUUUCGUUUUUGAGAAUGCGCUUAUGAAUUUAUGUUGUCAUUAAGUCAGACAUUUAACCGCAACAAAUAGUCAAAAUGGAAGGAAAAACAAAAUAUAUUUAAUAACUAAAUACAUGUACAUAAAAUAUACACACCGAUA